AUGCAGAGGUCUAAAUCAUACUCAACUGACUGCCACCAGCAACUAACCCCUAGAACUCCAUCAACACCAUCUUCAUCAUGGUUCUCCACCACCAGCGUCCACGUGAUGGCACUCGACGGCAUAGUGAACGUCAACUCCCUCUUCACUGUCGCAGUCUUCAUCGGACUUUCCCUUACAUCAGACCAAAGCAGCACCCUAAAGAGCAAAUCAUCAUGCAGUACUGACGUUGAAGUGGCGAAAACCCUUGUCGUCUUCGAGGUCUCCUCCUUCAGCUUCUUCCUCUUCUCCUCACUCAUCGCUCAGGGUCUCAAACUCGCCAUCAACCUCCUGAACAGCAGAGAGGUGGAAGAGGCCUUGAAGGCCAAGAUUAACGUCAACAUCCUGAAGUUUGGGAUGAUGGGAUCAGCUAUUGGGUCGGUGAUGGGAUGCUUGUUCUUGAUGCUUGCAAUGGUCAACGUUGUGGAGAUCAAGUUGGGGUUAUUGUCUUGCGGAGGCAAAACAGCUUAUUCUGUGGCCACGUUGAUUAUCCUGGUGACCAUUGGACUUUCGGGUUAUAUAUCCAUCGCUGUAUAUGCUUUUAUGCAUUAAGUCGAUCUUUUGAGCUUGUGGUUUUGGUACUUGUUAGUAUAAUAUUAUCUUGUAUGUUUUUCUCAAAUGGUGAUCUCUAGUCAUUUUCAGGAGAAGGGUUGUUUUUUUUUUCUUUUCGGGCAUGUGUGCGUGUUUGUUUAACUUUGCUCCUCCUUUGGAAGUCUAUAUUAGCUAGUGUAAUUUUUAAUAUAUAUCCCCUCAACUAUGUUCUAAUUGUUAAAGUUUGUGUUGAA